GCUGAGGGAAGGGGGGCUGCGCAUGCGCGCGGCGGGAGCGGCGGGGUGGGUGCGGGUGUCAUGGCGGCCGCCGGCGGGGGGCCGGCAGCGGAGCGGCUGCAAAGCAUCGUGAGGGGCGCCGCGGGAGGGCAGCAGGACGGGGCCGCGCAGCUGGCGGAGGGGGUGAAAGAUGGAAGCUGGACUGUGCUGCAACUCGUGGAGGCGCUGGGGUUCUGCUUGGAGAACACAGAUCCUCGGACGCGAGGGCGAGGCAUCCAGCUGCUGUCACAGGUCCUGCUUGAGUGUCACUCCCUGCUGCAGGAGAAGGAAGCGCUGCACCUGGUCCUGUUCUACGAGAACCGGCUGCAAGAUCAUCACCUCGUGAUCCCCUCGGUGCUGCAGGGACUCCGUGCGCUGAGCAUGUGUGAGGUACUAGCCCCAGGGCUAGCAGUAUCCGUGCUCAAAGCCAUCUUCCAGGAGGUGCACGUGCAGUCCCUGCUGCAGCUGGACCGCCACACAGUCUACAGCAUCAUCACCAACUUCAUGGGCACCAGGGAGGAAGAGCUGAAGGGCCUGGGGGCUGACUUCACCUUUGGCUUCAUCCAGGUGAUGGAUGGGGAGAAGGAUCCCCGCAACCUGCUGGUGGCCUUCCAGAUCGUGCGUGAUCUCAUUGCCAAGAACUAUGCCCUGGGUCCCUUUGUGGAGGAGCUGUUUGAAGUGACAUCCUGCUACUUCCCCAUUGAUUUUACUCCACCCCCCAACGACCCUCAUGGCAUCCAGAGAGAGGACCUGAUUCUCAGCCUCCGGGCCGUGCUGGCCUCCACGCCCCAGUUUGCUGAGUUCCUGCUCCCUCUGCUCAUUGAGAAGAUGGACUCGGACCUGCAAAGUGCCAAGCUCGAUGCCCUGCAGACUCUGACUGCCUGUUGUGCCAUCUACGGGCAGAAGGAGCUGCAGGAAUUCCUCCCCAGCCUCUGGUCAUCCCUGCGCAGGGAGGUGUUCCAGACAGCAAGCGAGAAGGUGGAGGCAGAGUGCCUGGCUGCACUGCACGCCCUCUCCGCCUGCCUCUCCCGCUCCGUGCUCAGCUCAGACGCCGAGGACCUCCUGGAUUCCUUCCUUAGCAGCAUCCUGCAAGAUUGCAGGCACCAUCUGUGCGAGCCCGAUAUGAAGCUGGUGUGGCCGAGUGCCAAACUCCUGCAGGCAGCAGCGGGUGCGUCCCUGCGCUCCUACCACCGCCUCACCCACAGCGUGCUGCCCCUGCUGCUGGAGCAGUACAACAAGCACUCGCAGAGCAGCCAGAGGAGGACAAUCCUGGAAAUGCUGCUGGGCUUCCUGGAGCUGCAGCAGAAAUGGGGACAUGUGGAAGAAGAUGAGAGCGCUGUGCUGUCCCUGCGAGCCCCAGUCUGCUCUGUGGUGUUCUCAGCAUUGACAGACCCCAGUGUGCAGCUGCAGCUGGUUGGGAUCAGGGCGCUGACCGUCCUGGGCUCCCUGCAAGGUUUCCUGUCUCCCUCUGACCUGGAGCUGGUUGUGGAUCACCUCAUCCGGCUCGCCCUGACUGAGGAGGAUUCCCAGAGCAGCGAAGCAGCGAUGGAGGCAGCUGGGUCUCUGGCCCCCAUCUACCCAAAGGUCUUCUCCGGGCGCAUGGUGCCCAGGCUCGGGGAGGAGCUGCAGUCAGAGCGGGAGGAGGAGAGAUCCCUGGACCUCCGCUCCCUGCGGCAGCGCUGCCUGCAGGCCCUGGCAGCCGUGUCCACGCAUGCCAGCAUCGUGAGGGAGACCGUCCCCGUCCUGCUGCAGCAUCUCCGGAAGGUGCAGAAAGGGAGUGAGGCUGGCAGUGCCCAAGAGGUGAUCUCCGUGUGCCAGAGCCUGCACCGCGUGGCCCUGCAGUGCCAGCAGGACGCGGAGGGCUGCUGGUACUUCCACCAGGCCGUGGUGCCCUGUCUGCUGGCCAUGGCCGUGCAGGCUGCCAUGCAGGAGAGCACCCAGCCACUCCUGGGCAAGGCGCUGUUGGAGGAGGACGUGCUGGCUGCCAUGGUCCCCGUGAUCAGCGCUGCCACCACCCACCUUAGCCCUGAGCUGGCUGCCCAGAGCGUGGCCCACGUGGUGCCCCUCUUCCUGGAUGGAGAGGUUUCCUUCCUGCCCCAGAACAGUUUCCCUUGCUCCUUCCAGCCCUUUGCGGAGGGGGAGUGCUUGGAGGCACAGAGGCGCCUGGUCGCCCUCCUCAUGGCCUUUGUCUGCUCCUUGCCUCGUGAUGUGGUGAUCCCCCAGCAGGAACGCUUGCUCCGGGAGCUGCUGGCGCUGAGCUGCUCCUGCAACUGCCCCUUCACAGCCACCACGGCCGCCAAGUGCUUCGCGGGGCUGCUGAACAAGCACCCGGCGGGGCAGCAGCUGGAUGAGAUCCUGCAGCUCACGGUGAACAGGAUGGAGCCCGGCCUCGCAGAGGGGCCGCGCCGAGAGCAGGCGCUCACCCUGCUGCUCUGGGUGACCAAAGCCCUGGUGCUGCGCUACCACCCCCUGAGCUCCCAGCUGACGGACAAGCUGCUGGGCCUGCUGGGCGACGUGGAGCUGGGCCCCGCUGCGGCCGACGGCUUCUCCCUGCUCAUGGCCGAGUCCCCGGACGUGCUGCACAAGGGCUGCCACGCCGACGUGCGCAUCAUGUUCCGCCAGCGCUUCUUCACCGACAACGUGCCCAAGCUGGUGCAGGGCUUCCACGGGGCUGGCCCCGACGUGAAGGCCAACUACCUGAAGGGCCUGUCCCACGUGCUCAACCACCUCCCCAGGCCCGUGCUGGUGACGGAGCUACCCACGCUGCUUUCCCUCCUGCUCGAGGCCUUAUCCUGCUCGGACCGCGUGGUGCAGCUCUCCACCCUCAGCUGCCUCCAGCCGCUGCUGCUUGAAGCUCCGCAGAUCAUGAGCCUUCACGUCGACACACUGGUCACCAAGUUCCUCAGCCUCACCUCCAGCCCCGCCAUGGCUGUCCGCAUCGCCGCCCUGCGCUGCGCCCACGCGCUCACCAGCCUGCCCACCAUCGUGCUGCUCCCCUACAAAGCCAGAGUGAUCCGGGCACUGGCCAAGCCUCUGGAUGACAAGAAGAGGCUGGUGCGGAAGGAGGCGGUGGCAGCACGGGGGGAAUGGUUCCUGGUGGGGAGCCCGGGCAGGUGAGUGCCCCGCAUGCCCUCCCCAUGCUGGCUGACAACCUGACGGGCCUGCUGCCGCCCUGCCAAGCCACACAACUGACACCACGGGCACAGCCUCCCCGGGAGCUGGUACUGCCUGGAGCGUGGGGGCCAGCAGACAGCGGCACCCCGGCACCCCCCCAUCUUCCCUGCACCCACGGGAGUGAAGGAUUUGUGCUGCUCGUGGCUUGCCUGCAGCCAGGGACAGUGCUGGACAGACUCGCCCUGCGUGAAGGGAGAGGGCAGGCCUGUGCACACGGGUACGGUGCGCAGCGGCCCCUCUGCAAGAGGAAUAAACAGCUGUUUUGGUAA